AUGGCGCCAAAGAGAGGGAGAAAUCGGUCGCCUUCUCCGGACCCGGAGGGAAUUUUCGCCGGAAUGGUAGUUUUUAUGGUGGAAAUUGGAGUCCAGCGUCGCCGAUUGCAGAUCUGGAAGCAGAAGCUGGUUCAAAUGGGAGCAGUGAUCGAGGAAGACCGGUUAACGAAGAAAGUCACUCAUGUUCUCGCCAUGAAUCCCGAAGCUCUUCUCGAGAAAUUCGGGAAAGAAAUUCCGACGCAUUUUAGAGGACGCCUUCUGCUUUACCAAUGGUUAGAAGAUAGCCUAACUUCAGGAGAGAAGGCAAAUGAAGACUUGUAUGUUCCAAAAAUCGACUCAGGGGAAAUUGAAGAGCAGAACAAGUCUUUAAGUGGUAGUGAGGAUCAACCGUCAGCUGAAAAACGAACUAGACAUUCCCCUGUAAGCUUAGAAAGCCAAAACAAUUCAAAAGAUUCUCCUACAAGUUUCAGUGUUCUCUCUACUAGUGCCAGUCCUGGAGAAGGCAUUUCAGAGACUCCCACUAGUCCACAAUCAGAGUCCACAUCGGUGUACAAACCACCUGAUUUGAACAGAAAUAUCACCGAGAUAUUUGGAAAGCUAAUAAACAUAUAUAGAGCUCUGGGUGAUGAUAGGCGGUCUUUUAGCUAUUACAAAGCUAUCCCGGUCAUUGAGAAGUUCCCCACUAAGAUUGAAAGCGUUGAUCAGCUCAAACACCUCCCUGGAAUUGGAAAGUCAUUGACAGAUCAUAUUCAAGAGAUUGUGACAACAGGGAAGUUGUCCAAGUUGGAACACUUUGAAACAGAUGAGAAGGUUCGUACAAUCAGUUUGUUUGGAGAAGUUUGGGGUGUUGGUCCUGCAACUGCACUCAAGCUAUACGAGAAAGGACAUCGAACACUAGAAGACUUGAAGAGUGAGGAUUCACUAACUCAUGCGCAGAGGUUGGGUUUGAAAUAUUUUGAUGAUAUUAGAACAAGGAUUCCACGUCUCGAGGUGCAAGAGAUGGAACACCUUCUACAGAGAGUCGGGGAGGAUGUUUUGCCUGGUGUGGAUAUUGUAUGUGGAGGAUCAUACAGACGUGGGAAGUCUACUUGUGGAGAUUUAGAUAUCGUUAUCACACAUCCUGAUGGACAAAGUCACAAGGGCUUCUUGACAAAGUUUGUAAAGCGUUUGAAGGAAAUAAACUUCCUCAGAGAAGAUCUCAUCUUCAGCACCCACAGUGAAGAGGGUACUGAUUCAGGAGUUGACACGUAUUUUGGUCUCUGCACUCAUCCAGGCCAGGAGCUACGGCGCCGUAUCGAUUUCAAGGUUUAUCCGAGGGAUAUCUAUGCAUUCGGACUCAUAGCAUGGACAGGGAACGACGUGUUGAACAGAAGGCUGAGAUUGCUAGCUGAAUCCAAAGGAUAUAGGCUUGACGACACUGGACUCUUCCCUGCUACCCAGGGCGCUAGAGCAACUGCAAGCCUGAAACUCGCCACUGAGAAACAAGUUUUUGAUUUCUUAGGUUUUCCUUGUCUCGAGCCAAACGAGAGGAAUCUCUAG